AUGCUGCUUCCGCGCUUCGAAGCAUGGCGACCGCGGCUGGUUCAAAAAUAUUUCAGAAUAUCCCUGUACCUACCUUAUUCAUACUUAUUUCCUGCUUGGUUUCCUUCGGAAAAGCAAAUUUCAGACAAUUUGCGGACGAGCCUUCUGCAACUAGUUAAACCAGACCUAAACCACAAAAGGCUCGUGUUGGUGAAGGAAAACAUAAAGGUCGUGUCUAAAAUUGAGGGGCCCGUGGCGACCAUAGCCGUCGUCGGGAAGUUCCACUCCGGCAAGUCUUUCCUCAAGAACCAACUGAUGGGGAAGACCAAGGGAUUCGGAAUAGGCCCCACGGUCCGACCUGAAACGAUGGGCAUCUGGAUGUGGGGACAGCCACUGAAGGUCAGGCUACCCUCAGGGCAGAAUUUAUCUCUAAUCUUCUUGGACACUGAAGGCUUUGCCGCAAACAAUGUCUCUGAAAACUAUGACGCCAAGAUUUUUGCUGUUGCAACCCUUAUCAGCUCGCACCUGAUCUACAACUCAGUCAAGAUAAUCGACCAAGCUGACAUUGACUACCUGGAGCUGUUGGCCAGACGCACACAGCUCUUUGCCUUGCGGUCGCAAUUGUCUCGUGCCAAAUGGAACGACGGUUUCGUCCAUGAUCUGCUCAGCUUUCCGCCACUGCUUUGGGUGGUGCAGGACUUUGUGCAGACAACUCUUGACAAUGAGACACCUACCCAGUGGUUGCACCGGCUCAUGGAAACUCUCAGCAGAGAGAGCGAAGACUACAAGAUCAGCCUUCUUGAUAUUUUUAAAUCGCUGGAGUGUCACACUCUCUUUUUGCCUGCCGUCAAGCGCCUUCUUCUGACUGAUUUAUCCGAGGCCAGGGAAGAAGACCUCACAGAAGAGUACAUUGAGGAGAGAGAUGCUCUUUCUAAAAAGCUCCUUGCAACCUUAGUGCCAAAGACAAAGAAUGGAAGACCAGUCACAGGAGCUGAGCUCGUCACACUUUUUGAGGUCCUUGUGGAGGCCUCUAAUGAUGGCUCUCUUGCUGAUGUACCAAGCCGUUGGACUUCCUUUGUCGAACGAAUAAUGGAUUCUUCUACCGAAGACUGCACUCACUUCUAUGAGUCUGAGAUGCAAGUCCUUUUUAAGAAAAACGACGACGGACCUGUCAAAGAAGGUGUCCUUGUGGAGUGGCAUGCUCAAGCAAAGAAGAAAUUAUUCACUCUUCUCACACAGUUGCUGCAUGGGUUGUCAGAUGCCCUCGAGUCAGCAAGCAUUCAGCUAGGAAAGAACCUGGAAAGCCUUCAUGCCAGGCAGCGAGACUUGAACUCCAAGAAGGUUCGGCUCUUCUGCUCCAACCAGGAACAGAAAUAUCUGCUCACUGCUGAAGGUCAUGCCAGGGGCAUUGGCCUCCCCAUCAACUCUGCCAUACUUGAGCGAGACCUCGGUGCCUUCGCAGACAGUCUAGUCACGGACUUUGCCAAGGAACUGGAUAGUGUUCUUGAGGAAGAGGACAAGAAGACAUACACCAGAUCACUCAAGCAAUCACUUGCACAUUUGAUUGAUGCCAGCCAACUCCAGAAUGAGCGUGCCUUGGAAGCUGUCUUUGAGAAAGCUGCGGCUGCUGCGUCUGAUACCAUGUUUGUGUCACAACUCUUGAAUUUAGGCCGUGCUAAAAAAGGGGCACAGCUUCAGUUUAGUCUUGGGAAGGUUUUCGAUUCGGAAUGCAAGAGGUUCUCAAGCGAAAAGAAGUAUGGUCUUCAUGAGGCACUGCUGAAGGAUGUUAUAAACCGUCGUAUGGAAGAUCUUAGAAAAGAGAAUGAUCAAUUCAUCUCAAAACUGAUGGCUGAUACUGCAGAAUUCAGACGCUCCCUGGACGCCUUCCAGACUUCGCCCGAGUACAAAAAGUCUUCACAAGAGCUGCUGGAAAAACUGAGGUCCGUGGAGAAGCAACGCAGAACCGAGAAUGUGGCCGCAUUCACACGUGUCGUCGGAGAGCCCCUGAGACGGGCCAAGCAGAUAAUCCUGCUCUCUGCCGACAAGUUCGGAACCGAGUUUACUCUACGUUCUUUUAUCAUGGACGCGUGCCUUCUUCAGCUCGGGGACGGAAAGCCAAAGUUCUGGCAGCAGGACUUCAAGAGGAAUAUUGUGAACAACUUCAUGAACUCUGACCCCGAAUUAAGGCAAAGGAUAGACAGCAUCAAGGGAUUUUGGUCGAGUGUGGUUGGCUUCUUUCUCUGGAUUCUUUGGCUGAUUGGAUUCUGAUACUUUGCGAAAUUUAAGUGCGACAUAUUUUAUUCCUUAACAUUUAUGGAAGUCCCGUAUCUUCAAUGAAGACUUGUCUUAUAGCAAGCUACUUUAGGGUUAUAGUAAAUGAUGAACAUGUUAUUGAUAGAUGGCGGAUUC